CAUAACCAUAUGUCCUUAUAAUUGAUCAACUGGGGACAAAUUUUGUAUAUGUCCCUAUUGAGAAACUAAAGGCACAUUUAAGUGACUUGUGUCCUCAUUUCACACAUAUAUAUACAGAUGGGGGUAUGAAAUAUUAAACUUGGAUCCACGCAUAUACGGCAUACCACCUCUCUUCGAAGACUUUGAAGUAUAUUUAGAAUAAGUAUUUACUCUCUCUCUCGCACACCUUGGCCACUCACCACUAAAAAACCUAAACUCUCAAAUCGCCAAUUUGCUCACGGGGUUCUGGUCAAAUCCCUCCGCCUUACAAAUUGGUCACCAAUUCACCAGAACUCUUCCCAUCUAGAUUUUUGAUAUGGUUCUCUAAGAUCUCAGCGGAAGCUCUCAAAUCGAUGGAAGAAGGAGGAUGAGAUGCAUCCCCCGGUGUUGGCAGAGAGCGGAGCACAGGCGUGGCCGAUGGAGGGCGAACGAACGUAAUAUUGCAUCUAUACCUCAAUGUUGCUGGUUCUGGUACUUGAUACAUAGUAAAAAUCUUAUAUAGUAGCCUGGUAUUGUUGCAGGAAUUAAGGCGUUGGGUAAGUCCCUUGCAACAUGUUUAUAUAUCCGUGCUAAAGAGAAGUGGUUUUGAUUUGAUGACUAAUAGUGGAUUGGUACCUGGAGUAAUUUUGUUUGAUUUGGGGGUUUAGGGUUAUGAUCUUAUUGUAGAGGUUUUGAUUUAUUGUGAUUGCGAAGAUAUUAAGUAGCUGCUUCUGAGGGGUUAUUGUAUUUGAGUGUCAUUUAUAGUUGACUUUGUACUUUCUUUUGAUUCAAUGAAGUGGUGCUUUUGCUUAUGUAUGGUGAUUUACUUAUGCAGGCUCUUGACAAGAUUAUAUUUGAGAGCUUGACUGACAAGAGCAAGCUUGAGGCUCAACCAGAACUCUUCAUCCACAUGAUCCUCGACAAGACUAACAACACAUUGACCCUUGUUGACAGUGGUAUUGGGAUGACUAAGGCUGGUAAGUUUCUUUGAUAUAUGCUAAAGAAAAGCUAUGAUCGAGAUCAAAGUCCAAUUACAGCAUGAGAUAUAAUCCUUUGUUUUGUGUUGGCAGAUGGUAUUACUGGUGAUAAGAAAUACUUUCCUGCAUAUAUUUAGGCCCAUAAUUCAUCAUGACAUUCCAAACAAUAUACCAAUUGACCCACAGAAGAUCACGUAUGUUGGGUUCACUACAUUAUCGGUUGUGGGAUGUCUAAUUGAGCAUGAUAACAUGGUUCUACUUUGCAAAUGGGACAUUCAACCAUCAUAUGGUCUCUGGACUCUACCAGCAGGUUACCUAGAAAUUGGGGAAUCAACUGCAGAAGGAGCAAUUAGGGAAACCUGGGAAGAAGCAUGCGCUGAAGUUGAAGUUGUAUCACCUUUUGCACAAAGGUAACUAUGCAUUUGUGUUUCUUUGAGCAAACUUACGUAAUUUUCUUAGCAAGGCUGAAGAACGGCCAGUUUUCACCAGUUCCAGAAUCAUUAGAAUGCCGAUUGUUUGCACUUUGAUAUACCAUUUGAGUCUGUCAUUAUUAUCAAUGGUAGUUACUUCAAAAUUGGUAUGGUUUUCUUUCAAGUGCUGUGAUCUACAACAUUUUUUCAAUUACUAGACAUUAUUUUCUGUCAUAGUGAUUGUAUUAUUUACUAUCUUAAUAUUUUUAUUAUUUUCUAAUGUAGAGUUUGCAAUUUAGUCCCUACCCAAUAGGAGGGAGCCAAAAGUAAUAAAGUAAAGUUAAGCAAUGAGGACAUAUAGCUAAAAUGUCCAUAGUUGGUGAAAUGUAUUUGUACAUAUAUAUGAUAUUUGUACUCUACUUGAGAGUAUGAAAAAUUAUGAGA